AUGAAGAUCCUUUCGCCCCGGGAUUUGAACUAUCCCAUCACCGUCAUCGACCUGUUGAAGAAGCGCGACGCCGAGGUGCCACGGUCCGAGAAGCUCUUCACCUACAGCUAUGAGAGCCGCGUCGUCGAGGGCGACAAGUGGGGAGGGGAGCGGACGGUGAUGAAGAAGUUUAGGCAAACCUUUGAUGCGAGCACCGAAGGAAAGAUCACGCGAUGGUUCGUCAAGCCAGGCACUGUAAUCGACCGAUCUGGGAUCCCAUUGCUCGAGAUCGAAGAGCCAUGCACACAUGAGACCCAGUUUGGCGGCCUCUGCGUCGAUUGCGGCAGAGACAUGACCCAGGUCGACUAUCUGACCAAAGAGCGUGACGUCGACCGCGCAACCGUUAACAUGGCCCAUGACAACACCGCGCUCCUCGUCAGCCACAAGGAAGCCGUAGCCGCUGAGGAGGAUGCCAAAAGGCGCCUCCUGAAUGCGCGAAAGCUGACCCUCAUUGUAGAUCUCGACCAGACCGUCAUCCACACCACCUGCGAACGAACAAUUGCCGAGUGGCAGGCGGACCCUGAGAACCCAAACCACGACGCUGUCAAGGAUGUGCAGGGCUUUCAACUCGCCGAUGAUAAUGUAUCCAACGUGGCUGCAAAUUGGUACUACGUCAAGAUGCGUCCAGGACUCAAGGACUUCUUCGAUCGGGUUUCUAAACUCUACGAAAUGCAUGUUUACACCAUGGCUACCCGAGCAUAUGCGCAAGCAGUUGCGAAAAUCAUUGAUCCCGAGCGCAAAUACUUUGGUGACCGCAUCCUCAGCCGCGACGAAAACUACACAGACAAGCUGAAGAGCCUAACCCGACUCUUCUACCAGAACACGGCCAUGUGUGUCAUCAUUGAUGAUAGAGCAGACGUCUGGCAAUACAGUCCCCAUCUUGUCCGUGUACCUGUCUUCAACUUCUUCCCUGGUGCUGGAGACAUCAACGCAAGCUUUCUGCCUAAACAACAAGAACUGGUGUCGUUUACCAAGGAUAAGUUGUCUUCAACGCCGAAGAAAUCAGCAGCCGAUGCCGAGACCAACAAAGCUAUUGCGGUUGUAGGCAAACCUAGCGAAGGCGGUUCAGCUGGAGCUGCAAAUGGCGAUCUGAAUGAACUAGGGCAGCAACUUAUAACUCUCGCGGCAACGGAAGACUUGGAAGUGCAAGCCAAAGAACAGGAGAAGGUCAUCAUUGCACAACAGACUGAACGGCCACUAUUGCAGCAGCAACUUAUGCAAGAUAAAGAGGAUGACGAGGCGGAAGAUGCAGACGGCCCCCUUGAAGUAGAAAACGGUAAUAUGCAACAUGUGGAACACCACAAAGUCCGACACAGCAUCCUCAACGACAACGACAGGGGCCUGGAUAUCAUUGAGAAGAAUCUGAUUCGCGUGCACCAGACGUUUUACGACGAGUACAGGAAGGCUAAGAAGGUGCCUGCGGGCGGUCGUGUUGCAGAGCUGAAAGGCGAAAAGAGUCCCAAGAAACGAGCCGUGGACGAUGUCAUCCCUGAUGUUGCAGAGAUCAUGCCACGCAUCAAGAGUGAGGUGCUCGAUGGGGCUGUGGUUGUGUUUUCGGGUAUCAUACCUCUUGGCGUGGACGUGUUGUCAUCAGACUUUGCACUGUGGAUCUCGAGCUUCGGUGCAGAGGUUACUACCAGUGUCAAUCGGCGGACAACCCAUGUCAUUGCCAACCCUGAUCGAAAAACUACCAAAGUCAAGCGAGCUGCUCGUUAUCCUCACAUCAAGAUUGUAAACCCUGAAUGGAUGUUUCAGUGUUGCACCAGGUGGGAGCAUGUGGAUGAGAUGCCCUACCUGAUCGAAAUCGAUGCUGCCGACCGUGGUGGAUCGCCAGUUCCGGAUCUCGAGGACGAGAGCAUUAAUGGAACUGGUGACGAAGAGGCGGACGAGGCAUCUCACUCACCGAUAGUAGAGAUGUCCGAUGAGGCAUGGGCUGCGCUGGAUGAUGAAUUGGCAGAGUUCAUGGAUGAGACAGACACGGAUGGCGGCAGUGAAUCGGACACGGAUAGUGUUCGGUCAGAGAACAGCACAAUAUCGGAUGCAAAGCAGACCAAAAAGAAGCGAAAGCGCACCGACUCAACAGAGGCAAGCGAGCCGGAGGAGAGCGAUGCUAGUGUUACUAGUACAUCUCGACUGCAACGGCGGAAGAAACGGACCAUGGAGCGCGUGACGUCCAUGACCAACGUUGUUAGUGCGGAGAAGUCGUCUGGUCUACCCAGUCCUGAAACUACCGGGCCGGAAGAAGAGCAAGGCGAAGACGAGGACAAGAUGGCUGAAGCGAAUGGAGUUGCGCCAGACCUGGAUGAGGAUUAUGACGAUGGGCUUGAAGCAGAGCUAUUGGCAGGCUUUGGUGAUAGUGACGGAGAAGAAUGAGGGAGACGUGUAUAUUGAAAGCGAAAGUGAAAGCGAAGAGAUCUCUUGGGGGCUUUGUCCCGUCCAUGGUCUCACCUGCAUAGCGAGGUGUCUGGCAUCUGGCGUUGAACAUCUUGGGCAUUUUCUUGGGGAUACCUUACAAUUGAACGUAUGAUUUUUUUGAGCUUGG